AUGGGCCUUUUUGCCCUCGAGGAGUGGGCAGCCGCCAAUCGCGACUACAACGACACCCCGGCGCCCUACUGGCAUGCGAAGUCCGUACCCGAUGGCUUCACCGCCAUCUCAGGAAUCCUAUGGUCCAUCUCAUACAUCUUGAUGGCUAAAAAGGCUUUCAAGGAUCGUUCCUACGCCAUGCCUCUUCAUUGUCUUUGCUUGAACAUUACAUGGGAAGCAGUUUAUGGAUUUGUUUACGGCCCGGGUUUGCUAAAUCAGGUCGUGUUCGCCCAAUGGAUGAUUGUCGACGUGGUCCUCUUCUACGCAAUUCUUCAAUCAGCCCCAUAUGCCUGGAAGCAGUCCCCGCUGGUUGCACAGCAUCUUGCAGGUAUAAUCGUGGUCGGAUGCGUGGUUUGCCUGUGGCUGCAUCUGGCGAUCGCGGCCACGUUUAUCCCGAGUAUUGGCCGACAGGUUGUGUUCAUGACUGCAUGGCCCAUGCAGGUUCUUAUCAAUUUCAGCUCAAUUGCGCAGCUACUAUCUCGUGGAAAUACUCUCGGUCAUUCUUGGGCAAUUUGGUGGACAAGAAUGCUGGGCACUCUGGCAGCUGCCUGUUGCUUCUUCUGGCGUGUAUACUACUGGCCAGAAAGAUUUGGAUAUGCAUGGAGCCCUUACGGACAGUUUUUGCUACUGGGUAGUGUCGGGUCUGACAUGGUGUAUGCUGUGAUCUACAUCCAUGUACAAAGUUUGGAGACGCUCCUGACUUCGCCGGCUAAGAGCAAGAGAAAAAGGGAUAACUGA